AUAGACCACGCUAUCAUGUUCGCCAUCUGCUGUGCUGUAGCACUUAGUGCAGAGCUUAAAGACCACAUCCUCCAAUUAAGUAUGGAUCGUUGUGGCUUUUCAGAAACAAACCUUGUCUUCAUCGACGACCUCUCAAAGACUUACAAUACCCCGAGUAAAGUUGGCAACAACUCAGACUCGACACUAUCGCCNUUUGCAAACAAGAAGCCAUAUGAAUGUAAAGUCCUCUUGCAAGAACUUUGCAAGAAGACGGGCUCAGCAGAUAUCGAUUGCGAUCACUUCGCAGUGGCAGACGGACAGUCUCUUGAGGAUAGCACACUACUAGUCGUUGUAAAGCCAACGGAGAACGAAACACUGCCUCCAGUCCGAGUCGCCUUCGAAGUAAUCGAACUACGUCUCCACUCAGAAGCCACGAGACAAACCAAACCAUCAGCAGAUCAAGACAGUACCAAGAACACCAAGGACGGGAAAUCAACGGGAUACCAACUUCAUGUGCCCGACCCUGCAAAGUUCCUCCCGCCAGAACUGCGACGUGAGAUGCUGUUGGAUAAUGGCCAGCGCAUCCUUCUCGCAACAAGAGAUCUAGAGAAGAACUUUGUGGGCGAGGUUGUUUGGUGUAAGGGAGGUCCUUCUCGAAUUGUCCGAGAACUUUUGGGCGAUGAGAAGAGUCCGCCAUUCAGACCGAAGAAAGCUGGUUCUACUCAGACGGACGCUUCGAUUGAAAAAACUCAACAGGGUAAACACUAG